AUGGGGUUUGUGUUUCCCGGAUGGCCUCAUUCUUACUGUUAUUAUCACCUCAAACAGAAUUUGAUAUCAAAGUACCCGAAUUCAGGUUAUGGGAAACUGCUCCAAGACCGUGUUAUCAAUUUAUUUAGUAGAUGCGCAUAUGCUGUUACGGAGGAAGAGUUUAAGGUAGCAAUGGAGGAGUUGGUGAUUGUUGGGAGUUUGAAAGUGAAGGCAUUUAUAUCUGAUUUGUCUAGAGAUCACUAUGCCAACGCAUUUUUCAAAGGAAUGCGUUAUGGGGAGAUGGCAAACAGUUUAGCGGAGUCCUUUAAUAAUUGGGUUGUUGUGUUUCGAGAUUUGCCGGUGCUACCUUUGAUAGAAGGGAUUCGACAGAAAUUGAUGGUAUUGAAUUCUCAACGACGAUUUGAAGCGGAGAAGUGGACAACAGUUUUGUGUCCGGAGAUGGAAACUAGACUCUGUGAAAAUGCGGAGGCCGGUAGGACUUGGGCAGUUCGUCGUUCUAAUUGCACUGUUUUUGAAGUAUUUGCUGAUUAUUCUGUGAUGGUUGAUCUCGAGCAAAGGACUUGUUCUUGCCGUCUUUGGCAAAUUGACGGUUUUCCUUGCACACAUGCGGUGGCUGCAAUCCUAGCAAAGAGAUAUUCAGUUUAUGAUUACGUGGAGUGUUACUACAAAACCGACUUCUUUCGAAAAGCCUAUGAGAGUCCUAUUUUUCCUAUUCCAGAUAUUGGGAAAGGAUUGGGCAGCAAUGGUUCUGCAGCUGGAGUUGUGCUUCCGCCAAUUACAAAGAGGCCAGCUGGAAGACCACCAACAAAGAGGAUCAAAGUUUUUGGUGAAUUUAAAAGGCCAUUGAAAUGCAGUCGGUGCAGGGUUGCUGGGCACAAUAGGAAGACUUGCAAGGCUAUUAUAUGA